AGCUGCGGGAGAACAAAAAAGAAAAAGAUCAAAGCGCAAAAAAAGUAGCCGAAUCCUUUUGAGUUUCGGAUCUUGCUUUUAUUCUAAGCGACGCUCGCUACGGCGCCCCCCAUGACCCUGAACCGCGGCGACAAACUGAGGUACCUGGACAAGCGGCGGGGCAGCAUGCCCUUCGCGGCCCACCAUCACCAUCACCAGCAGCAGCAGCAGCCGCCGCCCCUUCAUCGGCGCAGCAUGCCGGUGGACGAGCGGGACCUCCAGGCUUCGCUGCCGCCCUCGCCCCGGGGCCAGCUCGCCGGCCUGAUCCGCUGCACCUCCUACAACCCGGGCGAGGAGGGAGAGGAGGAGGAGGAGGAAGAGGAGGCGCAGCGGCAGGGCUGGGCGUCCGACUCCUCCGACUCGGUCAUCUCCUCCGGCAGCGACUCGGAAGGCGGCCUCUACAAGGUGAUGCUGCUGGGCGAGCACGGCGUGGGCAAGACCAGCCUGGCCAGGAUCUUCGGGGGCGUAGAGGACAGCCCGGACGCCGACGAGGCAGGCAAUACAUACGACAGAUCUAUUAUAGUUGAUGGAGAAGAAGCUUCUCUUGUGGUGUUUGACAUAUGGGAGCAGGAUGAAAGCCAGUGGCUUCAGAACCAUUGUAUGAAGAUGGGAGAUGCUUAUAUUAUCGUCUAUUCAGUGACUGAUAAAGUCAGCUUCGAAAAAGCUUCUGAAUUGAGGAUUCAGCUACGAAGGGCACGGCAAACGGAAGAUAUUCCUAUCAUUCUUGUUGGAAACAAAAGCGACCUGGUUCGAUCCCGGGAGGUCUCUGUAGAUGAGGGACGGGCUUGUGCCGUUGUCUUUGACUGCAAGUUUAUCGAGACCUCAGCCGCACUUCAUCACAACGUCAAAGAUCUCUUUGAGGGGAUCGUCCGGCAGAUUCGGCUACGCAAAGACAGCAAAGAAGACAAUGCCCGAAGAAUGGCCAACACGAAGAGGAGGGAAAGCAUCAGUAAGAAGGCCAAGCGGUUCCUUGGGAAAAUGGUGGCCAAAAACAACAAGAAGAUGGCCUUCAAAGCCAAAUCGAAGUCCUGCCAUGACUUAUCAGUACUUUAAAAAAAGGGGGGUGGGGGUGGGGCUCGUGGCAAAAUUAGAAGUAUGUGAGUGUGUGUGGGUGUGUUGUGAACCUGUCUCUGGCAGUUAAAGAGUGAGGAAAAAGGACCUUGUGCGAAGCGACAGAACGGAGGGAAGUGGCUUCCUUCAUGCCUUACAGUUCCUACGCAACGCUGGGAGAGGAGAUUACAGGACCAUCAUUGUUAGAAAGGUUUCUAACCUUCAGCAAAAGAACUGAAUAAUAA